AUGAGGAGGUUUGCUCAUAUCAUUGAUGAUUUAGGGCUGGUAGAUCUCCCGUUGCAAGGGGGAGUGUUUACUUGGAGUGGGGACCUGAACAACCAGUCCUGGGCAAGGUUGGACAGGUUCUUGGUGUCUCCUAGCUGGCUAGACAAGUUCAGUGGGGUGAUUCAAAGGAAACUACCUCGUCCUGUUUCAGACCAUUUUCCUAUUCUGCUAGAAGGAGGCGGGCUAAGAAGAGGUCCUUCUCCUUUCAGGUUCGAAAAUAUGUGGUUAAAAGUUGAGGGUUUUCUAGACCUUAUCCGGAGUUGGUGGAGGGAAACUGAGGUCGGGGGCACCGCUAGCUACAGAUUGGCAGCAAAGACGAAGGAGCUCAAACAGAAACUGAAAGUUUGGAAUAGAGAGGUCUUUGGUAAUUUGGAAGGUAACAAAAGAGCAGCCUUGCAGCAAGUGGACUAUUGGGAUGGUGUGGAAAGUGAAAGAAGUUUGUCCUUGGAAGAGACAGAAUUAAAAAAGGAAGCAAAGGAAAGCUAUAAAAAAUGGGUUCUGUUGGAAAAAAGUCAUUGGAGACAACUCUCAAGGGAGGUUUGGCUUAAGGAAUGGGACAAAAAUACGGGAUUUUUUCAUCGAAUGGCGAAUGCCCAUCGUAACAACAAUUCGUUGGAUAGAGUAAAGAUUGAUGGGGUUUGGUUGGAAGAGGAUCAGGAUGUAAGGGAGGGGAUUGCAAAUGCUUUUCAUCAGAGGCUCUCAGAAGACGUGGGAUGGAAGGCGGAUAUUGAGGGGAUCCAAUUAGAUCAGAUUAGCCAGCAAGAAGCAGAGAGUCUUGAGAUUCCAUUAUCUGAAAAUGAGAUCCAUUCAGCCUUAAUGGAGAUGAGUGGGGAUAAAGCCCCUGGGCCGGAUGGUUUUACUAUGGCGUUUUGGCAAAGCUCUUGGGAUUUCGUGAAAGAUGAGGUCUUGGAGAUGUUUAAGGAGUUUCAUGAGCAAGGAUCUUUUCUCAAAAGCCUCAAUAACACUUUCUUGGUUCUGAUUCCUAAGAAAGGGGGCGGCGGCUGA